CGGACAUUUCCUUGAUCCCCUGGUGAGGGGAAAGCCAUUGAUUUGAACCAUUUCAUGUCUUUCUCUUGAAGGCAGUACAGGCCAGUGUCACCCCAUGUUGCAAACACUGAGAUCCAGGGGUCAGGUAUCCUGCCCAGAUACUGGCUGAGCAAGGCUCUGGCUGGCAAAACCUGUUAUUAACCAUCUCUCACUGCCUCCAGGUAAGCACCAAGCUGGCAAAAUGGUAGGGCUGGGAGCCUGCACCCUGACUGGAGUUACCCUGAUCUUCUUGCUACUCCCCAGAAGUCUGGAGAGCUGCGGACACAUCAGGAUCUCACCCCCUGUUGUCCGCCUGGGGGACCCUGUCUUGGCCUCCUGCACAGUCAGCCCAAACUGCAGCAAACUGGACCAACAGCCAAAGAUCCUAUGGAGACUGCAAGAUGAGCCCAACCAACCAGGGGACAGACAGCAUCGUCUGCCUGAUGGGACCCAGGAGUCCCUCAUCACUCUGCCUCACCUGAACUACACCCAGGCCUUCCUCUUCUGCUUAGUGCCAUGGAACGACAGUGUCCAAGUCCUGGAUCAAGCUGAGCUUCGUGCAGGCUAUCCCCCUGCCAGCCCCUCCAACCUAUCCUGCCUCAUGCACCUCACCACCAACAGCCUGGUCUGCCAGUGGGAGCCAGGCCCCGAGACCCACCUGCCCACCAGCUUCAUCCUAAAGAGCUUCAGGAGCCGCGCCAACUGUCAGUACCAAGGGGGCACCAUCCCGGAUUGUGAGGCCAAGAAGAGGCAGAACAACUGCUCCAUCCCCCGCAGACACUUGCUCCUGUACCAGAAUAUGGUCAUCUGGGUGCAAGCAAAGAAUAUGCUAGGGUCCAGCGUGUCGCCAAAGCUGUGCCUCGACCCCAUGGAUGUUGUGAAAUUGGAGCCUCCCAUGCUGCAGGCCCUGGACAUUGGCCCUGAUGUAGUCUCUCACCAGCCUGGCUGCCUGUGGCUGAGCUGGAAGCCAUGGAAGCCCAGUGAGUUCAUGGAGCAGGAGUGUGAACUCCGCUAUCAGCCACAGCUCGAAGGAGCCAACUGGACUCUGGUGUCCCACCUGCCUUCCAGCAAGGACCACUUUGAGCUCUGCGGGCUCCAUCAGGCCCCAGUCUACACCCUACAGAUGCGAUGCAUCCGCUCAUCUCUGCCUGGAUUCUGGAGCUCCUGGAGCCCUGACCUGCAGCUGAGGCCCACCAUUAAGGCCCCCACCAUCAGACUGGACACAUGGUGUCAGAAGAAUCAACUGGAUCCAGGGACAGUGAGUGUGCAGCUGUUCUGGAAGCCAACGCCCCUGCAGGAAGACAGUGGACAGAUCCAGGGCUACCUGCUGUCCUGGAGUUCCCCAGAUCAGCAAGGGCAGGACAUACACCUUUGCAACACCACGGAGCUCAGCUGUAUCUUCCUCCUGCCCUCAGAGGCCCAGAAUGUGACCCUUGUGGCCUACAACAAAGCGGGGACCUCUUCACCUACUCCAGUGGUUUUCCUGGAGAACGAAGGUCCAGCUGUGACCGGACUCCAUGCCAUGGCCCAAGACCUUGAUAGCAUCUGGGUAGACUGGGAAGCCCCCAUCCUUCUGCCUCAGGGCUAUCUCAUUGAGUGGGGCAUGAAUUCGCACAGCUACAAUAACAGCUAUAAGUCCUGGAGGAUAGAACUUGACGGGAACAUCACUGGAAUUCUGUUAGAGGACAACAUAGAUCCCUUUCAGCUCUACAGAAUCACAGUGGCUCCCCUGUACCCAGGCACCGUGGGACCCCCUGUAAAUGUCUACGUCUACGUUGGAGAGAGAGCUCUUCCUCAGGCUCCAGAGCUACAUCUAAAGCAUGUUGGCACAACCUGGGCACAGCUGGAGUGGGUACCUAAGAGCUCUUGGCUGGGGAUGGUACCCCUCACCCACUACACCAUCUUCUGGGCCGAUACUGGGGACCACUCCUUCUCCGUCACCCUGAACAUCUCCUGCCAUGGCUUUGUCCUGAAACACUUGGAGCCUGCCAGUUGGUAUCAUGUCUACCUCAUGGCCACCAGUCGAGCGGGGUCCACCAACAGUACGGGCCUUACCCUGAAGACCCUGGCCCUAGAUUCAUCUGACAUAAACAUUUUCCUGGGCACACUUUGCUUAAUACUUUUUUUGUCCAUUGCCUGUGUAGCUGCCUGCUUCUGCAAGCACAGCAGAAAGACUUUCUUCUGGUCAAAUGUGCCAGACCCAGCCCACAGUAGCCUGAGCUCCUGGUUGCCUACCAUCAUGACAGAGGAAACCUUCCAGUUGCCCAGCUUCUGGGACUCCAGCGUGCCGUCAAUCACCAAGAUCACUGAACUGGAGGAAGACAAGAAACCAACCCACUGGGAUUCCGAAAGCUCUGGGAAUGGUAGCCUUCCAGCCCUGGUUCAGGCCUACGUGCUCCAAGAUCCAAGAGAAAUCUCCAAGCAGUUCCAGCCUCCCUCUGGCACUGGUGACCAGGUCCUCUAUGGUCAGGUGCUUGAGAGCCCCACCAGCCCAGGAGUAGUGCAGUACAUUCGCUGUGACUCCACUCAGCCCCUUUUGGGGGGGCCCACCCCCAGCCCUAAAUCUUAUGAAAACAUCUGGUUCCAUUCAAGACCCCAGACCUUUGUGCCCCAGCCUCCAAGCCAGGAAGAUGACUGUGUCUUUGGGCCUCCAUUUGAUUUUCCCCUCUUCCAGGGGCUCCAGGUCCAUGGAGUUGAAGAACAAGGGGGUUUCUAGGUCUUUGGGGAUCCUUGUAUCUUGAAGACCCUGGCCUAUUCAGAGGAGAAGAGCCCUCCGCUGAAAUCUACUGGCCCUGAGAGAAGCAGAAGGGCCCAGUGUGUCUCCGUCUCUGGCCCCUAGCACCUCUCCUCCACUCUGACCUUAUCAGGCUACACCCUGAGGUCACCUACUCUUACACCCUAAGGUCCAGAUAGGUACUGCUUACAGCCCACCGGUCACUUCCAUAUAAAUUCAGUCCGUUGAACUGAUUGUAGGUUUUGAGUAGGGGCUGGUAUUUUCAGAAAUUCUGGCUGGACAUGGUGGUACAUGCCUAGCAUCCCAACAUCUGGGAGGAAGAUGCAGGAAGAUUGCAAGUUCCAGGCCAAGCCUGGG